GGGAGGGAGAGAGGGAGGUUGUCAGGGAGGAGUGAUUACUCCCCUGGUGACAGGAACGUGGGUGUGUACCGGGUGGAGCAGGGAGCAGUGAGGGGGAGAGAUCGAGUGAGAAGGCGAGUGUUUACCCGACCGAGUGACUGUGGCAGAAAAGCGGAGCAGAAGGCAAGCCCAGGUCUGUCCCUCGAGCCCGACCGCACCGUCUGUAGGGGGGGAAACAUGGCCGUCGUGGGAGGCAGCGCCGGCUGGCUGUUCGUAGGGCUUUGUUUUGGCGCGUGGGCCCUGGCGGAGACGGACGCAGGCUUCUCGCAGUGCAGCCAGAGCUUCUAUAAAGGGACGCCCCCCGGGGGCCUGAGCGGGGGUCACCUGCAGGCCCGCUGCCACCGCCCGGGCUCCGGCCCCUCCUUCGCCAGCCUGCACAGCACCUCCUGCGACAGCCCGGUGCUCUCCGCCUUCUGCCUGCGCAGGACAUGGGGAGGAACGCACGCCGGGGAGGACGGCGGGCCUGAAGAGGACACUGAAGAUGUGCAGGUAUCGACACGUCUCAGUUUAUUGCGCACAGGAACGGAGGAACAAGACGAGUCCCAAUCUGACAGAGCGGAUGUCCCAGUCACGACGCCUGCGCUUCUUAGACGGGACGGAUAUAACCUUUACGCUUCCCCUGACACACCCGCUAAUUUGUGGGAUGCCCUGCUUUCGGAGCUGGUCAGAAAUACCAUCCACCCGCAGUGCGGGGCGUUAGGGGGCGACCUCUAUGUGCUGACUGGCAGGGGGGCCGCGGGAGAAUGGGGACAGGGGUGCGAGCCGGGCCUGUUCUGGUCCGCCAUGUGCUGCGUGGUCCCAGACGACGUGUCCGUGUUCAAUGUGGGGGUCGUGAAGGUCGGGGAGGAGGAGGCCAGGGUCCUGGAUGUGAAGGGGUUGGAGGAGGUGGUUGGAGUGGAAGGUGCCUUUUCUGGGGAUUGCGGGGAGGCCGGUGGUGGGGGUGGCGGGGGCGUCGUCACAAUCGCUCUCUUCAAAAGUGCACUGCAGCAGGUCGCACAAAUGCAUGACGCUGCCGCACUGCCAGACUCUUCUGACGGGCUAGCAGAGAGCGCUACACUAGCAGACUCCUACGAUACGCUAACAGAAAGCGCUACACUAGCAGACUCCUACGAUACGCUAACAGAAAGCGCUACACAAGCGGACUCCUACGAUACGCUAACAGAAAGCGCUACACAAGACGACUCCUCUGAUACGCUAACAGAGAGCGCUACACAAGCAGCCUCCUACGAUACACUAACAGAAAGCGCAACACAAGCAGACUCCUACGAUACACUAACAGAAAGUGCAACACAAGCGGACUCCUCUGAUACGCUAACAGAGAGCGCUACACAAGCAGCCUCCUAUGAUACGCUAACAGAGAGCGCUACACAGCCAGACCCCGUGGAAGCGCUAGCAGAGAGCUCAUUGGCUGAGAGCGCAGCCACUCAGAGCGCAGACGCACCGAGUGAGGAAGCGGAAGGAGGGAGCGCCACCGUGCGUUCCGGCCCUCUCAGCACCCGCGAGGACCCAAACGCCCACGCCUCCGCCCCAAAAAUCAGCGAGGAGCCGCAAGGAAACAGCACUUUGCUCUACCUCCUCUCCUGCUCCCUGUGGCUCAUCACCGCCCCCCUUCGCCCCGUCACCUCCACCCUCGCCCAGCUCCCCGGGCAGGUGACCCACGUGAUCCAGGAGGACCUGGCCGUGCUCUCCUCCCUGCCCGGCGGGGCGUGCUCCAUCGUCUACAACGUGGUGGGCGACGCGGCGUUGGGCGCGUUGGGCGCCGUCAGUUUGGCGGGGAGAGCGGGGGCCGCCUGCGUGUCCCAGGUGUACGCCUGCACCUCGCCUCUAGUGGGCACUCUCCUGACCACCUGCCAGGAGGGCGUGACAGGCGUGGGCACCCUGACGUCAGACGGAGCGGGCAUUCUUGGCUGGGUGUCGAACAGGGCCUGGUCGGUGUCCAAGUAUUUUGGGGGGCGAACGUGGGAGCAGAGCAGGGACUUCCUGUGGGCGGUCCUCGGGGAGCUGGGGAGCCAGUCGAAAAGGGUGGGCGGGGGAUUGGGAAAGCUGGCUCUGAGAGGGGGCAAGGGUGUGGCCAACACGGUGUGCCUGGCCGGACGCGUAGUGGGGGGUGUGGUGACGGUUGCCGUGGAGACCGUGAAGGAAGUGUUUGGAGACGACUGACGUUCGUGUCGUAGCUUUACCGACACGUUCACCUGCGUCUGUGACCGGCUGAAAACUCUAUUUUUUGAUGAGAGUUGAACAGCUGACAAUGCUAUCAGAGUUUUUUUAUAAACAAAAUACUACUACUGAACAAAUGAGGAGCUAAGAACCAGCAGUGAGAAAUCUGAUGACGUUUCUCCUGUGCUGCAGAACAUGGUGGCGGGAAGGAGUGUGGGGUUGGCGGAGGAUAUGGCUUUGGGAGUGUUUGGAAGCGAUGGUACUGUACUUUUGUACUUUUAUUGAUAUGUUCACGUUUUGAUAUUGUCUGAUAACUGAUUACUGUUUUGAUGAUAAUUAAACUCCUCAUACCACUGUAAAUGUCCUUAUUAACAGAAGAGCUGAACGAACAACAAGUGAACUACAAAAUCUGUAGGAACAUUUUGUGCAGAAUGUAUUUGUAAGUAAUGACAGACUGACAAUAAAAAGGAUGGGUUAUGAGUAGUAUGACGGGGUAUGAAUGGAUAUUUGAUAGCCAGUCAUCAUAAGUUAUUUCUUUGUGGGGUGGAAAGAAACCGCAAACACUCGAUAAUAAUUUGGUUCUGUUGUUGUAAAAUGUGUUGUAUUUCCAAUUGUCAAUAAAUUCCUGUUGUCAUACA